AUGUGCCGGGGGUGUUUGGGUCGCCGCACCCGGGUUCGGGUCGGGUACCGUACGGUGAGGAGGGAGCCCCGGCACGCGUGUGCCGAGAUCUGGCUGCAUCCGAGUGCCCGUGAGUCUUCGAUCCCAGAUGCCGGGGAGACCGGCAAAGAGACACCCGAGCUCGGGAGCCCUGGCGCGGCGGCCGGGCGGAGCUUGGCUCCACGUGGGGCCGGAGAGCGCGCAAGCCUGGAGUCUGGGCGCUCGCCUCCCUGCGGCUGCAGCCGGCUUUUGUUGCGCCCAGCGGCCGAACGGCAGCUCGCAGGAGGCUCUGCCGUCCGCCUGGUCCGCCUGGGGCCGACACCCUCCCUUCGAGGUGCUUUGGUUGCGAUUUUUUUUUCUUUUUGCCUAUUUUUUAAAAACUAUGUGCUGCUGUUAAUCAAAACAAAACAGCAGCUGCGGACUCGUGCCCGCGGAAGCCCAGCGCCCCGCCCGGAGUGGAGGAACCUCUCCAUGAGAGAUCCGGUCAUUCCUGGGACAAGCAUGGCCUACCAUCCGUUCCUACCUCACCGGGCGCCGGACUUCGCCAUGAGCGCGGUGCUGGGGCACCAGCCGCCGUUCUUCCCCGCGCUGACUCUGCCUCCCAACGGCGCCGCGGCGCUCUCGCUGCCCGGCGCUCUGGCCAAGCCGAUCAUGGAUCAGUUGGUGGGGGCGGCCGAGACCGGCAUCCCUUUCUCGUCCCUGGGGCCCCAGGCGCAUCUGCGGCCUCUGAAGACCAUGGAGCCCGAAGAAGAGGUGGAGGAUGACCCCAAGGUGCACCUCGAGGCCAAGGAACUUUGGGAUCAGUUCCACAAGCGGGGCACGGAGAUGGUCAUCACCAAGUCGGGAAGGCGAAUGUUUCCGCCAUUUAAAGUAAGAUGUUCUGGGCUGGAUAAAAAAGCCAAAUAUAUUUUGUUGAUGGACAUUAUAGCUGCCGAUGACUGUCGGUAUAAAUUUCACAAUUCCCGGUGGAUGGUGGCGGGUAAGGCUGACCCUGAAAUGCCAAAGAGAAUGUAUAUUCACCCGGACAGCCCGGCUACCGGGGAACAGUGGAUGUCCAAAGUUGUCACUUUCCACAAACUGAAACUCACCAACAACAUUUCGGACAAGCAUGGAUUUACUUUGGCCUUCCCAAGCGAUCACGCAGCCUGGCAGGGGAAUUAUAGUUUUGGUACUCAGACUAUACUCAACUCCAUGCACAAAUACCAGCCCCGAUUUCAUAUCGUCAGAGCCAAUGACAUCCUGAAACUUCCAUAUAGUACAUUUCGGACGUACUUGUUCCCCGAAACCGAGUUCAUCGCCGUGACAGCAUACCAGAAUGACAAGAUAACCCAGUUAAAAAUAGACAACAACCCCUUUGCGAAAGGAUUCCGGGACACUGGAAAUGGCAGGAGAGAGAAAAGGAAACAGCUCACCCUCCAGUCCAUGAGGGUGUACGAGGACCGACACAAAAAGGACACGGGCACCUCGGACGAGUCCUCCAGCGAGCAGCUUGGAGCUCACGCCCUUCCGCCAUGCUCUUGUCCCCCUCCUUCGGCAGAUCUGUGUCCCAGCGAGGGUGAGAGCGACGCCGAGGCCGAGAGCAAAGAGGAGCACGGCCCGGAGGCCUGCGACGCGGCCAAGAUCUCCACCACCACGUCGGAGGAGCCGAGCCGCGACAAGGGCAGCCCCGCGGCCAAGGCGCACCUCUUCGCGGCCGAGCCCGGCGGCCGGCCCCGGGACAGCGGGCGGCUGGACAAGGCGUCGCCCGACUCGCGCCACAGCCCGGCCACCAUCUCGUCCAGCACCGCGGCCCUGGGCGCGGAGGAGCGCCGGAGCCCGGGCCGGGAGGGCGCCGCCCCGUCCAAGGCCGAGGAGGCGCGCGCGCUGCCGGCCAAGGAGGCCUUCGCGCCGCUCACGGUGCAGACGGACGCGGCCGCCGCGCACCUGGGCCAGGGCCCCCUGCCCGGCCUCGGCUUCGCCCCCGGCCUGGCGGGCCAGCAGUUCUUCAACGGGCACCCGCUCUUCCUGCACCCCAGCCAGUUCGCCAUGGGGGGCGCCUUCUCCAGCAUGGCCGCGGGCAUGGGACCCCUGCUGGCCACCGUGUCCGGGGCCUCCACCGGCGUGUCGGGCCUGGAUUCCACGGCCAUGGCCUCCGCCGCCGCGCGCCAGGGACUGUCGGGGGCGUCUGCGGCCACCCUGCCCUUCCACCUCCAGCAGCACGUCCUGGCCUCUCAGGUAUUUAUGCUCCGUCCUCCUGCCUCCUCCCCAGCCCCUCCCCCAGUCCCUCUGGUCUAGUAGCUUUAAAUGAUAAUAAUUGCUAGGUGCAAGGGUGUAUCUCCUAGAUUCAUCACCACCUUACACUGCCCCCUCCCCAAUACUUAAAUUUUUUCUAAGUUAAGGAUGUUCAUAGCAGAGUAGGUAGGUGGGUGGGUAAUAAUAAACUAUACACAGCACUUACGUUGUGCCAGGUACUCUUCUGAGGUACUUGAUCUAUUCUGACUUCUGUGGUACGGGUAUCACCUCCACUUUAUAGAUGAGGCCCAGAGAGGCUGAGCAACUUACCCAAGUCACACAGCGGUAGGUGGUGGAGUAAGGCUC